GAAGAACGAAGUAGGGGAAGAGCCGGUGAGUGGAGAAGCGAGACUGAAGAGAGACCGAAAGAUGAAGUUGACUAGAGGAAAAGAGAAUGACAUGAGCCCUGGGUUACAAGGAAAUCUUGACGACGCGAAAGCCCCUGUUUUUCACUCACCAAAUCAUUUUAUUUUUUCCUUAAAAAACAUCCACAUUACUAGGUAGAACAUGAAGAUUCACCUGACCCAUACCUACCAACCAAGUUCACCAACUAAUAACAAAGUCCUCCCCAUUGAUUUUAAGAUCUGCAACAAACGGAUGUCCUAUCCUGGCAAAAUUGUACAACCCUCACGGCACCAUGGCGUCCAAAAAGCUUCCGCAAUCUAUCACUUGCAAAGCUGCGGUGGCCUGGGGGCCUGGGGAGCCUUUGAAGAUGGAAGAAGUCCAAGUAGCACCUCCACAACCUCUUGAAGUGCGCAUCAAAGUUGUAUCCACAUCACUUUGCAGAAGCGACAUCACGUUUUCCGAGGCACAGGGGCACAUUCCACUCUUCCCACGCAUCUUUGGCCAUGAGGCAACAGGGAUUAUUGAAAGUGUUGGAGAAGAUGUAAUCGAUCUACAUGAGGGUGAUCAUGUGCUUACCGUUUUUACUGGAGAAUGCAAGGAGUGUAUGCAUUGUAAAUCUGACAAAAGCAACAUGUGUGAAACAUUAAGAAUGGAAAGAAAAGGUGUCAUGCACAGUGAUCAGAAAACCCGUUUUUCUAUAAAUGGCAAGCCAAUUUAUCACUUCUGUGCAGUUUCAAGCUUUAGCGAGUAUACUGUUGUGCACUCUGGGUGCAUUGUUAAAUUGAGCUCAGAUGUUCCCUUGGGAAAAAUAUGUGUGCUUGGCUGUGGUGUUGCAACAGGAUUUGGAGCUGCCUGGAAAGUAGCUAAUAUUGAGACAGGGUCAACUGUUGUAAUUUUUGGCCUUGGAACAGUAGGCUUAUCUGUGGCUCAAGGUGCAAAAUUAAGAGGGGCAUCUCGGAUAAUUGGUGUUGAUAUAAACCCUGAGAAACAUGAAAGGGGAAAGGCAUUUGGCAUCACUGAAUUUAUUAAUCCCAAUGACUACAAGCAACCAAUUCAACAGGUUCUAAAGGAAAUAACUGCAGGGGGAGCAGAUUAUUGUUUCGAAUGUGUUGGAAAUGUUGACGUGAUACGGAUUGCUUUAGAAUCCUGUUGCGAUGGCUGGGGAAUGGCAGUUGUAGUUGGAGUUCCAAGUGGCAAAAUGGAACUUUCAGCACAUUAUGGCCCACUUCUUAGUGGGCGUACUUUAAAAGGCACAUUACUUGGUGGAUGGAAACCGAGGUCUGAGUUGCCCAUUUUAGUCGACAUGUACAUGAAAAAGGAAAUUCAAGUUGAUGAAUAUGUUACACACGAGUUGCCAUUUUCUGAGAUAAAUAAAGCUUAUGACUUGAUGAGAGAAGGGAAGUGCUUGAGAUGUGUCAUGCAUGUAUUAAAUUGAACAUUUUGGUGAUCAAAAUUCUUGCGAAGGCAAGACUAUGUUUCGUUAGUUGUACAUCUAAUGCAAUUGAGCUAGGGUGUUUUCUUAUGGCAUUCCAUUUCUUACAUAGAGAUAAUGUGUUGAGAUUUCAACACAUUAUGUAAUUUUGUUCUUUGAAAAUGAGUCUUAUACAAUUAAAUAUAGGAAGAUUAUAAAUUUAAAAAACUUUUUAUUCGAUGCC